AUGGUUGGCUCCAAGGAUAGGGAAAGAACUAGAGGAGAGGCUGAGGCUGGUCUGAAAGCUGGAAUCAGUGGCUCUUCCAAUGCUAGAGUGAAGGCUGAGACCCAGGCCAAGGCAGUGGCUGAGGCAGAACUGAAAACAGAAUCGGUGACCCAGGUCAAGGCUGGCGAUGGAGGAAUAGCCAGGACACAGACAGUGAUCUACACUGAGGCUGUGGCUGUGACAAAGGAAGUAAACAAGAUGGAAGAUAUGACUAAGACUAGAGCCAUGGCUGAGACUAAGACAAAACCCCUGGCAAAUGCCCCAAACCAAGUGCCCCCAAACAAGUCAAAGGCUAUGCCUGUGUCUAGGGUCAGUGCCAUAACCCCUGAAGUCAGGGUUGGUGCUGGCAAUGAGGCAAAUAUCGCUGAUGAUAAGGCCAAUAUUGGGCCCAAACCUGAGUCAAGGGAAGGGGCCAACAUCAAGGUAAAAUUCAGUGAUGAGGAUGAAGAAAAUGUUUGCUCUUGGUUUUGGAAUGGAGAAGAGCCUAGUGUAGGGUCCUGGUUCUGGCCUGAAGAAGAGAUCCCUCCUCAAGUUUACAAGCCCCUACCUAAGAUACAGGAAAAGCCCAAGUCCAAGCCCAAGCCCAAGCCCAAACCUACACAGAAACCCAAACUUACUACUAAACAAAAGGCAAUUGCAUGGUCAAGGGCCAGGUAUAUUGUCCUAGUCCCCAUUGAGGGAGGGGAAGAGUUCUUGCCUCCAGAAGGGGACUGGACCCUGAUUGAGACUUUGAUUGAAACUCCGUUGGGAAUUCGGCCUCUGACCAAGAUCCCACCUUAUAAUGGGCCUUACUUCCAGACUUUAGCUGAGAUCAAAAAUCAGAUUAGACAAAGGGAAAAAUAUGGGCCUAAUCCAAAGGCCUGCCGCUGCAAAUCACGUAGUUUUAGCUUAGAACCUAAAGAGUUUGAUAAACUGGUUGCCCUGCUUAAGUUAACCAGGGAUCCUUUCAUUCAUGAAAUAGCUACAAUGAUAAUGGGCAUCAGCCCUGCUUAUCCAUUUACCCAAGAUAUAGUUCAUGAUGUAGGCAUUACUGUUAUGAUUGAAAACUUGGUCAAUAAUCCCAGUGUUAAAGAACAUGCUAGAGAUUUAAAGACAGUGGAUGAUAGCUCUGAGUCUUCUGAAGAACCAAAAGCGGGAGAUGCGUACAUAGAUCAAGUUUGUAAGGACAUAUUUUCUUACCCCUUGAAUUCCCAUGAGCAACUGGCUGGACUAAAAUUACUAGUGAACCUGAAUAUAAAUUUUGAGGAUCACCACAUGAUUGCCAAUUACAUUCCAAAUUUCCUCAUCUUGUUAAACAAGGGAAGUGUCAAAAUCAAGUUUUAUGCUUUAAAAGUGUUUCUGUGUUUGUCUAAAAAUCAAGCCAAUACAAGAGAACUAAUCAGUGCUGAAGUAUUGUCAUCAUUGGUUGCUUUCUUUAACAAGAAUGAGUCAAAAGCCAAUAUUCUUAAUAUCAUUGAAAUAUUUGAGAAUAUAAAUUUCCAAUUCAAAAAAAAGGUAAAGCUGUUUACCAAGGAUAAGUUCACUAAAUCUGAACUUAUUUCCAUAUUCCAGGAAGCAAAAGAGUUUGGUCAGAAACUCCAAGACUUAGCAGAGCACAGUGAUCCUGAGGUGAGAGAUAAAGUCAUACGAUUAAUACUCAAACUCUGAAUAACCAUCUGUUCUCAUAAAACCUUGAACAUAAAACCUUGAACCUUGAAACCUUGUUUCAGUAUGAAAACAGUGCAUAUUAUAAAUUCUGCAUUUAUGUUCUCUGUGUUGAUUGAGAGGGGCAAUAUUAUGGAUGCCAAUUAAUCGUGAGAGCUUGAACACUUGUUGAUUGUUAUUGUGCUAUAUAUUAUAUACAUUGAGAUAUUUUUAGUAUUCCUGCAAUAUGACCUGAUAAUGAACCUAUACAUCCUAAGUAAGCUAUACGUCUAUGCUUUAUAUUGAUAUAAAUGUAUUCCUUUGAGAUUUUAUUUACAUAUUGUUAAUAAAGUUACAUGCUAAAACUGGUGAAAA